CAGUAAAAAUUGUUUUUACGCUGACAAUUUCAUCCAAGCUGAAAAAAAUAUUUAAAAAUAAUAAUUGAUAUUCUUCAGAAACCUCAGAGCUUCAGCAACUCUUAACUCUUCUUUGGAAUUAUGACUACUUUGGAAGAAGAGGAAGAACUUAUCAAUGUACAAUCUCUUCAAGAUUCUCAUCCCAUUAUAAAUGUGGUGAAUCAAAGUAAAAUCGAUGGAGUAUUAAAACAAAAGCCUCUAACUGAUCAAGAGCGCGCAGAGAAACAAAAGCAGCAAGAAGAAGACGUAAAGAAGAAAAAAGAAUCACGCCGACGUGUAUAUGAGACAUGCGGCAGCUGUCCCGAACGGUUUUUUGGCAGCAAGAAAACUAUUGUAACGGAAGAUUCCGAUUCUACCGAAGUAGAAUCGUCCACCGAGGAGGAGGAAAGAUGGAAGGACAUUGCACGCACGGUUGAAAUACCCGCCGAAUAUUAUAAUAUACAGAAGUUGAUAAAAUAUAUUAAAGCGGGCAAUCAAACGGCGACCAUUGUGUCGCUUUGCUGUCUACGUGACUACGAUUUGCGUACACAAAUCAAUCAAAUGGCCGUACAGGAUAUCGGUGGUUUGGAAGUGUUGGUCAAUAUACUCGAAUGCAACGAUACCAAUUGUCGUUUGGGUUCGCUGUAUGUGCUCUCUGAGAUCUCGCUGAACAUUGAUAUACGUAAGACGAUCGUCGAUUUGGGUGGCAUACCCUUAAUUGUGGAUAUUUUGAACUCGCUCUCGAAGGAACUUAAGACCAUGGCUGGUGAAACAUUGGCUAAUGUGUGUAAAGUGCGUUUAGCCCGAAAAUAUGUGCGCACAUGUGGUGGCAUACCGAUGUUGGUGGAUAUGCUCGAUGUCAGUUUGCGUAUACUACAAACUCCGCUGGAGGAACUUAACUCAUCCGAUUUGGAGUGCUUGUACAUGGCACGUGCCGGUGCUCGUGCUCUCUGGUCGCUUUCACUCUCCCGUCAUAAUAAGGAAUUGAUGCGUAAGAGCGGUAUCGUACCCUUGAUGGCGCGUUUGCUCAAGUCUUGCCACACAGAUGUUGUAAUACCGAUAAUGGGCACCAUACAGGAAUGUGCUUCGCAGUCAGGGUCAAUGAACCUUUUGUUUACAUUUAGCCAAGUCAACAACCUUUCUGAUAUAGUGACCCAUCUACAUUCCGAUAGUUUGGACUUAAAGACCGAAGGUAGCACUGCCAUAUACAAAUGCGCCUUCGAUCAGACUACACGUGAUCUGGUACGUUCCGCGGGUGGUUUAGAGCCUUUGGUCGCCAUAAUCAAGGAUAAAAAUGUGCGUGAUAAUAAGAAACUGAUGAUCGGUGCUGCCGGUGCGAUUUGGAUGAGCGCCGUGUCGGAGGCGAAUGUCAAGAAACUGGACUCAUUACGUCUCAUUAAUCAUCUCAUACCGUUAUUGAAUGAUGAUUCCGAUGAUGUGAUCACCAAUGUGGUUGGUGCCAUUUCCGAAUGUGUACGUUUUCAAAAUAAUCGCGAAGUUUUGCGUGGCGCCGGCGGUUUGCCGGCCUUGGUGGCAUUGUUGAACUCAUCACAUCCACCGCUGUUAGUAAACUUGGCCAAAGCAUUAAAAGAGUGUGCCGAAGAUAUAGAUAGUAUGCGGAUUUUGGAGGAUUUAGAUGCAGUGCGUUUGACUUGGUCGCUGCUGAAGAAUACCGAUCCUAAAGUUCAAGCUUAUGCCGCCUAUGCCAUCUGUCCGUGUGUGCGAAAUGCACGCGAAUCGGGUGAGUUGGUGCGUAGUUUGGUGGGCGCCAUGGAAUUGGUUGUGGAUUUGCUCAAGUCCACCGACUCGCAGGUAUUGUCGGCUGUCUGCGCUGCUAUAGCAACAAUUGCAAAGGAUACUACGAAUCUAGCUAUUUUGUCUGAUCUUAAAGUGAUCUAUAAGUUGGCCGAUUUAGUGAACACUACCGAGGAUUUGUUGCGUGAAAACCUGGCCGCCGCAAUUGCUAGUUGCGCUACAUUUGGCAAUAAUACACAGGAGUUGGGUCGUCUACGCACUGUCACGCCCAUUGUCAGCUACCUGACCAGCAAUGACCCAGCCGUACAUCGCACCACAGCCAUGGCCCUGGAAAAAUUAUCCAUGGAUCCACAAAACUGCAUCAUUAUGCACCAGAGCGGCGUAGUGCCAUUUUUGUUGGAGUGUGUUGGUUCCACGAACAAAGAAACACAAUUGGCUGCGGCCGGUUGCCUACGCAACAUACGUGAGUUGGCUCUGCGUGCCGAGGAGUAUCUGUUGAAAAUCGAUGAAGAAUAUUAAAUGGCUUGAGAGCUUGAGUGAGAUCGUUGUGGAUAUAACGAAUCCUGUUAUAUAUUUUUUAGUUAUUUAUUACUGAGCCUAACGGUUGCUGCAUAAAAAUAUAUCUUGUAGAAAAAAAUGCUUCUCACAGUUAGCAAUAAACUACACUGAUGC